AAAAAGCGCUUACGGACUUACAAUGACUUCUGGCUAUUAGCUGACUUAUCUAUGCAUGAUACUAGACCUAAUGGACAAAGCAAAGGGAGUGCUAUGACACUAUGACUUCUGGCUAUUAGCUGACAUAUCUAUGCAUGAUACUAAUGGACAAAGCAAAGGGAGUGCUAUGACACUAUGACUUCUAGCUAUUAGUUAUCUGUGAACCCUCGCCUCAGAUCCUGUCAGAGAGUGUAUAAAAGUAGCAAAUAUGUUAGCAGGCAUGUUACUAAAUCUACCAUGGAAUCCAAAAGUGAAGGAAGAUUUACCUUUGAAGUUAUUCAUGCUCUCAUAAGCAGGAACGAGUACCCUUCAUCCUUUAGUAAAGAAGACAAGCGUUCCCUGAGGCGGAGAGUUAAAUGCUUUGAUACAGUGGAUGGAGAAUUGUACUAUGUUGGAUCUACCCGUGAUGAGAAGAGGCUUGUUGUGGAAGACAAGGAGCAGAGGAAAAGGAUUAUAGGAGCAAUCCAUGAUCCAAGUCAUAUGGGGGUCAACAGAACAUUGGACAUGAUCACAGCCAAGUAUUACUGGCCUGGUCAAACAAAUGAAGUCAAAGAAUAUGUGAAAACAUGUACCAAGUGCCAGUGUACCAAUCCUAGACUACUAAAACCAGCAUCGACUCUCCACCCAAUACCAGUGACACCAAAGGUUUGGCAUACAGUUGGGAUGGAUUUGAUUGGCCCUCUGACAGAGACACCCAGGGGCAACAAGUAUGUCAUAACGCUCACCGACUAUUUCAGUAAGUGGGCGGAAGCAGCCCCACUACCAGACAAGACAGCACAUGGAGUAGCUAAAUUCCUUUAUUCUGUUAUGUGCAGAAUGGGCUGUGCAGAAGUCAUCAUCACUGACCAGGGUCGGGAAUUCGUCAACUCACUCUCAGCCCAGUUGUACCAGAAAACCAACACCCAGCAUAGAAUCACUAGCGCUUACCACCCUCAGACAAAUGGAUUAACUGAGCGGUUUAACCAGACUCUUUCUAUAGGUGUUUGGCUAAGACUGUGAAUGACAACCAAGAUAACUGGGACAAGAAGAUCAACACGAUUCUCAUGGGAUAUAGGGCAUCGCGUCAGGCAUCAAUUAAGCAUUCUCCUUACUUCAUGCUCUUCCAAGCUGAGAUGCGUUUGCGGAUUGAUAGUGAGCUACUGCCCGGUCAGCCUGAAGAAAGAACCCCAGAAGAAGUUAUUGAGCAUCUUUUGAAGAGCCGUGAAGAAGUGUUCACAACAGCUGAAGCCAACAUCAAGUCAGCACAAGGCAAACAAAAAGAAACGUAUGACAGAAAACACCAGCAAGUCAGCACACUUAGCGUGGGUAUGAAGGUUUUGCUGGAGAAUACUGCUCAAAAGCAGAGGAAGGGAGGAAAACUGGACUCAAGAUGGCUAGGUCCAUAUUUCAUCAACCGAGAUUUAGGUAAGGGCUUAUAUGAGCUAAAAAACCUUUCUGGUCAAAUACUCAAGAAGAAGGCGAAUGUCUGUCGGCUGAAGUUGUUUAAUGAAAGGAGCUUGUCUAGAGACAAUAAACAGCCACCAGAAGGCGAUCGGAGAGACGACCAACAGCCACCAAAGAAAGACGACCCAAAGAAAGAGGACCCACAGCCACCAGAGAGAGACGACCCACAGCCACCAAAGAGAGACCCUAAGUCAAACAAAUGUAAGACUAAGGAUGUUUUCAAGAAGACCGAAGUACAGUGGGUCGAUGAGCUCUCUCUCACGGCACAUGACAGAGAGAUACUACUCGCCCCAACAGGCAUGCUGUCUGACAAGCAUGUGGAUGCUGCAAUGAUACUUUUAAGUGGCCAAUUCUCCAAAACAUCUGGGUUGCAAUCAUCACUUAAAGUGCAGUUUCGUCUUGGUUUUCGCCCAAUUGAUUUGGACAAGCGCACGAGGGUUCAAGGAGUGCAGAUACUGUUUGUGCCAGAACGUCAUCACUGGAUCCUGACAAGUUGUAUUGAAGGCAGUGUCUAUGUGUAUGACAGCCUGCAGACAGGCACUAAGGAAUUUCCUAGAUCUGUAGAAAAUCAACUACUCCAGCUCUACCAUCCCACACUUAGUCCACCACAACGUCAAGAAAUUGGUUUACUGGCAGAGUGUCCACCUGUCCAACAACAACAAGAGUCAUAUGACUGUGGCCUAUUUGCUAUUGCAUGGGCAUACCACCUCUUAGUUGGAGAUUCUUUAAACACGCUGACACUGGACCAGCAAAAACUCAGACGGCAUUUGGUAAGGUGCUUUGAAAAGAAGAAACUAUCAAGGUUCCCAAAAUCAAGGCAGGAGACCCCUCGAAGUGAGAUAGUGUGGGUAUCUGUAGUAGCUUCGUGCUACCAGUGCAUAAGGCCUGACUCGUGGAACGACAUGGUGCAGUGUGAUGGCUGCGACAGGUGGUACCACAUGAAGUGUGCAUGUAUAAAGAAAGCUCCAUUCAGUGACUGGCACUGUAAAGACUGCAAAUAGACUGCAAAUAGAUAGCUAGUUUUUCUGUUGUUGUACUUGUUCAAGUUUUGAGAUGCAUCAUAAUAA